UCUCAUCAAUUUGUUCAGGUGCGAUGUGCGCAUGUCUGAUCGGAGUGACCGGCGCCUCCAGUGGGUAAAGCGAUCUUCCUUUGCGUCAGUUUCCGGUAAAGCGAGGCUCCGAUUUCUUGGCUAAUUUCCUCUUGUUACAAAAUCUACUGUGGAAAAGCUCUCCUUUAGCAUCCGUAAGGCAUCUGACCUCUUAAAGUGUCUUCCGCCAAUAAGGAUUACAGUGAACUGCAGUUCUUCGCAUUGAAAGAAGAUUUGAAUUCAGAUGGUUGACUGCUGUUCCAGGCCUACCAUGGAGCUAAAUCGUAUUCGAAUACCACAAGAAUUUUAGGAAGUAUAAAACAUCUACUCUAUUUUGGAAAUAUGGGAAGGUUGCUUGAACUGUUUUCCUCUAAGCUACCGCCAAUGUUACUUUUUAUUUUAGAUGAUUUUUCCUGCCCAAAACAAUGAAUAUUGGAAGUCAACAUGUUAUACGAAUUUUCCCUGGUCAGCUAAGCCCAGCUGUCCAAAGCACCGCUGUCAGUGUUGGCGAGUUUGUUACAUCAGAAGAAGUUAUACAAAUUGUGCUUGCAAAACUUGAUAUAGACGAAGUGUCAGAGAAUUUUGAACUGGUUGAGGUGUGUUAUCGUGACAGUGUUUAUGAGGAGGAAUCAGAAAAAAUACUACAAGCGUCAGAUUUCCCUGUCCAAGUUGUGAAGUCCUGGAAUUGCCUGGGUCCAAAUGCUAGGAAAUCUUACAGGAUUUUUAUUCGGGAAAAAGCUGUUGACGAGACUGAUUCUGGACACAGACCAAAAUCUACAUUGAUCAGACAUCAUUGGAUGGACUGUCACGAAAAUAUCAGAACUAUGGCUAAUGAUUUAACACUUGAUCUGGACUCAAAAUUACCAGACGAUGACCUUUGUGGAUUACCAAACUUGGAUGAGGAAAUGUUGCUGAAGCAUUUGCAGGAGCGUUUUGCCCUAGGAAGAAUUUAUACCUAUGUUGGGGAAAUCCUUCUGGCUGUUAAUCCAUUUCGGUUUUUCCCAAUCUACAAUCCCAAAUUUAUCAAUGUUUACAAUAACAAGAACCUGAGUUCAUUGCCGCCUCACAUCUUUGCGAUUGCUGACGUUGCAUUUUAUCGUAUGCUGAAAGAAAAGAAAAGUCAGUGUAUAGUUAUCAGUGGAGAAAGUGGAUCUGGAAAAACUGAAAGUACAAAGCUGAUUGUUCAUCAUUUGACGGCUUUGAGCCGAAAGACACAGGCGUCUGAUGUUGAGAAGACAAUACUUGGAGUAGGGCCUGUUCUCGAGGCUUUUGGAAAUGCCAAGACCACUUACAACAACAACUCAAGUCGCUUUGGCAAGUUAACUCAGAUCAAGUUCAGGGAGGACGGAGCAGUUACAGGCGCUGCAUUAAGAAAAUACUUGCUGGAGAAAUCACGUAUCGUCUCACAGGCCCCCCAAGAGAGGAACUACCAUGUUUUUUAUUAUCUUUUGGCUGGUGCGUCAGCAGAACUCAAAGCAGAACUCCACCUCAACGAUCCUCGAGAGUUCAGUUAUCUUAACCAGAGUAAGUGCUACACAAUUGAGGGUAUUGACGAGAGUUAUGAGUUUCUGCGGCUGAAGCAAUCCAUGGAAAUGGUUGGAUUUACUGCUGACGUACAAAAACGGAUAUUUUGUGCUCUAUCGGCCGUUCUUCAUAUUGGAAAUAUUCAGUUUAAAAAGAAACCCUCUCGCGAAGAUGAAGUUGUGGUAAAAGAUGGCCAGGAUCUCAAGAUAAUAUCUGAUCUCCUGAUGGUGACUGAGGAGAAGCUGACUGAAGUCCUGACAGCCAGAAAACGUAUCACACGAGGGGAGCAAUUCAUCGUACCAUAUGAUAAUGACGAGGCCUUAGCGACCCGCGACGCGAUGGCGAAAGCUUUAUAUGGCACGCUAUUUGAUUGGAUAGUACUCCAGGUGAACCACGUGCUAGUUGUCAAGCAACAAAGCGCUAAAGAGUGGUGUUCAAUUGGCGUACUGGACAUCUUUGGAUUUGAGGAUUUUGAGUGCAACAGCUUUGAGCAACUUUGCAUCAACUUUGCCAACGAGAAGCUGCAGUAUUACUUCAACCAGCAUAUCUUCAGACUUGAGCAGGACGAAUACAUAACCGAAGACAUUGAGUGGCGAAACGUAGACUUUGUCGAUAACUACACGUGUCUAGAGUUGAUCAGCGGUCGCCCCACUGGUGUCAUGCACCUUAUUGAUGAAGAGAGCAGUUUUCCCGGUGCGACGGAGACCUCACUUCUAGACAAGAUAAACAAGACACAUUCGUCGCAUAGCAACUACGUACCGUCCCUUCUAGACCCUUCCUUCGAGAUCAAGCACUACGCAGGCGCAGUGCAGUACUCCAUCAAGGGUUUCCUGGACAAGAAUCGUGACCUUAUGCGUCCCGACAUCCUAAGCGUGCUCAAAAGCAGCAAUCUCCGAUUUAUCCGGGAACUGUUAGGUGCAGACCCGAUGGCUAUAUACCGCUGGUCCGUUGUUCGGUCGUUCUUCAAAGCCGUUCAUGCAUUCAAACUCUCCGGGCGACUUUACAGAAUGAGUGGAAAAGCUAGCGAAAAGACUGCAGUUCGACGCGGAAAGCGGAACUCGAAAACGUUAAGAAUGAGCAGUAUUCUGAAUCCCAACGACGAGUCCAACAUGUCUUACCCCGAGACGGCCUCUCUUAUCAGGAAAGCCUCGCGCGUCAUCAGGAGGAUGCAUAGUAACAAGACUUCGCAAGCUCAAUCGAAGUUUCGUCACGGCCUGGAGACCAAGCGUGACAUGUCAAUGAGAACCUAUGACUAUCUCUACAAGGCAGCCAAUCAGAGAGGAAAGGCAGCGCCCAAGAACCCGCCCACUGUGAGCGCACAGUUCCAGUCGUCUUUGAAUCGCUUGAUGGAGAUUCUGGGAGCCGCGCAGCCCUUCUUCGUCCGCUGCAUCCGAUCAAACGCGGAUAAGGCACCACUCAAAUUCGACUGCGAUGUUGUCCAGCGGCAGCUCCGCUAUACGGGCAUGCUCGAAACCGUCCGAAUCAGGAGGCUCGGUUACCAAUGGCGAUUUCACUUGGAGGAAUUCGUCAAGCGCUACAGUUUGCUGUUCCAAGGCAUCAUCACCGACCCCCAUAAAGAGAUUCCACGGGUGCUCAAGACCCUCAACCUCGAUGCGAACGAGUACCAGAUUGGAAAGACUAAGAUCUUCUUGCGUGAGAGCCAGCACCGCAUCCUUCAAGACCACCUGCACACCAAGCUCCUGGAAAAGGUCCGCCUUAUUCAAACCUGGACGCGGGGAGUCCUCCAGAGACGGCAGUACCUACGCCAGCGGAGGGCAGCUAUCACGAUACAGGCCGCUUUUCGUGGCUUCCUUGCGCGGAUGGACUUGGAUCAGCAGCACUGCGCAGCCGUGAGAAUUCAAGCAGCAUGGAGAGGCUACUACGCAUUCGUCAACUACCACAGACUGCUGGACAAUAUAGUGCUACUACAAGCCGUCGUCCGAGGCUUCCUCGAACGGCAAAGAUUCCUUAAGUUACUAGAUGAGAGACGACUAGAGGAAGAAGACAGACUUAGGCGAGCCUCGAUCCUGGCCGAAGUCUCCAUGCGACCAAAGCUUGUCGAUGUCGAUUCGCGCCGUCUCGUCCGUUCUCUGAGCGACCCCACCGAAUACGAGAAACUCAAAAACAGACUAUAUCAGAUCGACGAGAAACCGGAAGUACAAACACCGGAAGUGAAACUAUCAAGAAGCGAUAGCGAAACCCCCCAGAAGAGCCCCGGAGUCCGAGAAAUGUCAAAGAUGUUCGAGCGAGAGAUCUCGCUUCUAAAACCUGCAGAUCACAUUCGCACACGAGCGGCUACCGACUCGUACAAGAACCGCAUUCACAAGACAGGUCGCCCCACGCCCCUCAUGGUCAAUACUCACCGCGCGGAGCAACAAAGGGGCUUGGAUCUAGACGUCAUCAAGCUUACACCCAUGCGUUCACCCAAGGAGGUAUUGCAGAUCCAGGAAAACAAGAUCGCCAGUGCGGAUAAUCCCCCUUCAACAUUCUCCCGUCGCGUUUCAACCAGCAUUCGCCGUCGCCUAUCAACAAAAUCAAAAAACAAACAACAGCGCUCGAGCACUUCCGACAUUCCCGAUGUGGUCCCGACGGCACCUCCGGAAGACGAGGACGUACUCGAAGAGCCGAGACUCGGCUCCACGACCGCCAUCUAUGAGAUCGGGAAGCUAUCGGCUUCGUCGGAAAAUAUUCGGAAAACGAAGAGGAGUAUUUUUCGUCGGAGAAAUCGCCAUUCUAUGCGGCGGAAAUCUGAGCCUGGUUUGGCUAAAAACAGCACCAAGAGAUCGGCUAUAAAACCAUCUCGAUCAGAGGAAGAAUUACUGAACGAGAUCAAGUCCACGAAGAUCAUCAGUACGGUUUCCAAGGCCGCCAUCAUCCCUGGCAACCAGCAGCUGAAGCCCACCAACAAGAAGUUCGCCAAAGGCGCGGCCGACUUCGCUGCACUUGAAUCCUUCCUUAUGAACAAGAUUUCUGAUAUGAACCACGAGGGGCGAAAGCGAGACACCAUCGUGGACGGCGUAUUUAAGAAGUCUCUUCAGGAAUUCCACGCGUUUCUCAUAUCGGAGUACUCCUGGGUCAUGAACCAUGACAAGUCUGUGAGCCUCAAGUAUGAGGACAUGUGCAGCAGCUUUGAGGAGAUUCUCAAGAAGACUAUCAAGAAAGAGCGAAUCAGCGCCUCGUUCCCAGCCAUUAUGGGUACCAACGCGUUCGCAGGGGUUCUUGACGAAUUCUUUCUUAUAAGGUCAUCACAAGAUAUUCCAGCUAAAGUCCCUAAGGUGCACAAGAGAAGACACAAGAAAGGGAAAAACGAAGUUGUGCACAACCACCACAAGUUUUCGGUGACGCAAUUCAGCAUACCGACGUUCUGUGAGCACUGUAACUCGUUGAUCUGGGUGCUCGAGAAAGGCAUGGUCUGCCAAGAUUGCAGGUUUACAUGUCAUAAGAAAUGUCACACCAAGUCUACCCUGCUAUGCAGUAAAAAUACCUUCAAGACAACUACAAAGAGAAGUUCAGUAUUCGGCGGAGAUCUGGGCGAGGAUACAUCUAUUGAACAGCCUGUACCAGAAAUCGUCGAGAGACUCAUCCAAGACAUCGAGAUACGAGGUCUCUAUGCCGAGGGAAUCUACCGGAAGUCACCGAGUGCUGUUGCUGUCAGAGCGUUGAAGAACGCGAUAGUGUCUUCCGGUAUCUCGGAUUUAGACCUUAGUUCGCACGUGGUUCACGUUGUCGCAGCAGUGCUUAAGUUGUUCUUCAGACAACUCUCGAGCCCAGUCUUCACGGACGAUGUCUAUAACGAAGUAAUACGAACUGCAGAUCUCUCGGACGAGCGGGAACAGCUUGAGACGUUGUACGCUUUGGUUCAGAAGUUGCCUCCCGCCAACCGCGCUACAUUCGAGAGACUUGUCUUCCAUUUGGCAAGAGUCGCGGAACACGAGUCGUCGAAUUUGAUGAACUCCAACGCUCUCUCAAUUAUUUGGGCCCCGUGCAUCAUGAGACCCCCCGCGAACGUCAGCCCCAUUGAGAGUUUGCAACACGUGGCCAAGCAAACACAGUGCUUAGAGGUCCUUAUUAAAGGCCAGGUCACCAAGAUCCGUGCUACCCUCAAUGACAUCCGGGUACUUGAUAAAGCCGCUGACACAGCGAACAAGAGGCUCAGCAUGCUCAACCUUCACAAAGAGGAGGACGAAGGGCAGGUUGAGCAUGGCCUUUCUGGCGAAGACGGGGUCAAGACGCUCCUUACACAACAACUCGAAGCGCUACAAGAACAGAGGACAUUCUUAACGGCAAAGCUAACUACUCUUGAACCACGGCCGCGUGCCAAGGGAGGGGAGAGUGGGGACGAUGUUGUCAGCGAUGAAAACGUCACAGACGACGAACUGGAGAACGCGAUCAAUGAGGAGUACGCGGUCACUUUUGAGCUUCCAGCCGUCACGACAGAUCUCCGACAUCUCACGAAGCACAGAGCACGAAAACAGACGAAAAAGCGACCACCGUCCCGAUCCCGGCUUCGCGUCCAGCGGAAGCAUGUCGUAUAGAGCUAACUAGACCAUGUUUGAGCCUUCUCGGCCGGCACUUUCACCACAAGUUCAAAUCGUGAAUUCACCUGUCUUAGCAAAAUGAUUCACAUUGAUUAGUUAGAGAGAUUUUAUUGUAGAUUUGUUCGUUGCAACAAGAGGUAUGAAAAUUUUGUGCUGAACACUGUUAGGAGUAAAAGAGUAGAACCAGACAAACUAGGCAAUAAUCUGGGAUCAAUUUCAGAAUUCAAAAAAGGUGGGUGAAUAUGCGUUUUGCCAUAACAGCUGUUUAUUCCAAAAUUCUCAAGAAUUUAUCAUUCUGUCGAGGACUUGGAUGCAACUUUGGAUAUGGCCCCUUUUUGACCGUUGCUUGGUAUAAAGUUUAGAUAUUUUCAGUGAAAAGAGUUUAGAGUUUUCACGGUCUAACGCUGUGCUCUAUAUAUCAUCGAGUCGUGUUUCAAAAUUUAUCUUGAUUCAUUUGGAACAAUUAGGGGAGUUUGCUUAUGUCUUGAAAUGGGUAAUCUAAGUCAGGCUCGAUAUUCAUACGUGAAUCGUCCGUCUGAGUCUCUAUCAGCCGCCAUUUUGUCACCCAAGUAAAAAAACAAGUCCGAGAUUGACUUUCUUGGUACUGUGUACCAGGAAAAAGAAGACAAGGAUAUUAACAAUGCGACGCGCGCUACCGUGGCCACCUUGACAUUUUUCUGAGAUUAGCCAAUGAGGAUGCGAGUAACGAAUUAUCUGAUUGACUCGUACUUCACUAGCCAACAGCGUGGCAUUGGAGUGCUCCAGUGCGUAUCAAAACACGACAAAUCAUUCUAGUUUGGAGCUUGUGUCCAUCAAGACUCUAGUUCUUCUACGCUAACUGGGGCCGGUUCCUAGAAAGCAGGAUAAAUACGGCAUAAAUACGGCAUCUUGACAUUUGAUUGGGUUAGCGUUGUCUUGUGGCCAUACGAAAGGGCGCGUCACACAAAAUAUGAAGAAAACAAACAGGGAGGGAUUUACAUCGUUAGUGGGUGAUUUCCCAUGUAAAUCAAACAAUGUGGUGUUUUCGGGAGCUCUUGUAUCCGUGUUUAUUUUGAAUUUUUACGCCAAGCUUACCCUGAAAAUAGGGAAUUCUGAAAUCGAUGAUAGAUUUGUUGUCAAUACUUGCUUGUUGCUCUUUAGUUUACACGACAGAAUUUUUUAAAGCGAAAUGCACAGCAACGCGCGCACGUAAAAUGGCGCGAAAAAAAAAUGUGCGCCAAUCAAAACACGACUCAAAUUUAAUUUUUUGUCAAAAAUGGAAUGAGUUUCACUAACCAAAGAGUAGCUCGAAUUUUGUAGAAUUUCCAUGAAUGUGGAAGAUGUUUCUUCAAAACUAAAGACAUAUUUUAACACUGAAAAUUCACAAGUAAAGUAACAGAUUUAAGAUUUCAAAAAUAUAUAUAUUUAUGUGCGUUUAGUGGAGGAUAAUAAAGUUGGCAAUAAAACAAA